UUUUAUGUUCAGUCAUUAUUAUUAUUAUAUGCAAAAGUUUUAGAACACCACGCUUUUUCCAGUUUUUUACAGUUUAUUGUGUCAUUGCAAUAAGAAAUCUGAGUUGAAAAAUAAAUCAUGGAAUCAAUUUAUAGACCAAAACAUAUUCUAAACUUUUGAUUCAUGAAAGUGUCCACCUUUGGUAGAUGUAACAGCUGAACACACUCGUGGCUCGUUCGUUUUACAAUAGAAAUCAAAUAUUCUUCAGAAAGUUCUUCCCAAGUCGGUUGCAGAAGUUUCCAUAAAUGUGUGGCACUUGUAGGUUGUUUGGCUUUCACUCUUCUGUCCAGUUCAUCCCAAACCAGCUCGAUGGGGUUUAAGUCUGGACACUGUGCUGGACACUCCAUGUUUUCAAGUUUUACCAUCUUGUUCUUUUUUCCUGAGAGAGUGGAUGUUACAUCUCGGGCAGUGUUGGACAUCAUGACUAAGACUACAGAGUAUCUGCAGCCCAAUCCAGCCACCAGAGCCAAGAUGAGCAUGAUGAACUCCAUGUCUCGUAUGCGCGGUCAGGAGAAGGGCCCAGGCUACACGCAGACAGAGGCCAUCCUGGGAGAGUCCAUGCAGAAGUUUGGACGAGAGCUGGGAGACGAGUCCAGCUUCGGCCAGGCGCUGAUCGACGCCGGGGAGGCCAUGCGUGAGCUGGCCGAGGUAAAGGACGCCCUGGACAUGGAGGUGAAGCAGAACUUCAUCGACCCAAUGCAGAUCCUCCACGAAAAGGACCUCAAAGAAAUCCAGCACCACCUGAAGAAGAUGGAGGGCCGUCGCCUGGAUUUCGAUUAUAAGAAGAAGCGUCAGGGUAAAGUGACGGAGGACGAGAUCAAAGCUGCUCUGGAGAAGUUCGACGACUCCAAGGAGAUCGCUGAGCAGAGCAUGUUCAACCUCCUGGAGAGUGAUAUAGAGCAGGUGAGUCAGCUGGCAGCUCUGGUCCACGCUCAGGUGCAGUACCACAGUCGUGCAGCUGAGAUUCUCCAACAGCUGCAGAGCAAGAUGGAUGAACGGAUAAGAGACACUUCUAAUAAACCCCGUAAAGAGUUUACCCCCAAACCUCGCACUUCUCUGGACCUCGUCAUUAGUGAGAACCACAACGGAGGAAUCGGUGGUGCUCGCUCUCCAGGUGCGCGGUCUCCAGCAAGGUCCCCAGCAAGAUCCCCAGUCCCGAUGGACCAACCUUGCUGUCGCGCGCUGUACGACUUCGACCCGGAGAACGAGGGGGAGCUAGGGUUCAAAGAGGGCGACAUCAUCACGCUGACCAACAAGAUCGACGAAAACUGGCUAGAAGGAAUGCUGCACGGCAACUCCGGCUUCUUCCCCAACAACUACGUGGAUGUGCUGGUUCCUCUUCCCAACUAAAGAUCGCCGCUCUGCGCAUCUCCUCUCUCCUGUCUCACCUUCUUUACGUAACAUUCCUUUUAAACUCCCGUCACUCCUCUCUUUAGAAGGAGGCUCAACCCCGCCCGCAGCGAAGUCAGACGAGAAAACAGAGACAAUUAAAAACAAAAAGCAAUUGAGCUGUAAAUCUUUUUUCGACGAUGAAAAUUUGUUGUUGUUGCUUAACCCCAUGAUCUACAGGUCUUCUAUAGUCUCCAUACGCUUCUGUCUGGGUUACAUGAGUUUAUCAAACGCACUGUACUUUGUGGAAAACCUUUUAGCGAACUUCUCUCACUAGCUCGCACAAGCCAGUCCAUGUGUUUUUCCAACGGCAUGAGAUUUCGUUUUCAUAAUUUCACUUAAUGGCAGACUUCACUCCUUUGAUUUCCACCACAGAUAUACUUGUAAAUACCAAAGUUACUUGCAAAAAUCCGCGAUGUCAAGCGAAAAACCUGCAAUCUUACGAGCUAUUGACAGGGGUGUACUCUAAAAAUAUUGUAUUACAUAUCUGAGCCAGUGAUUCGUGAAGUGGUUUGCAGCAAAUUUAAAGUUUUAUUAAGUAAUGGUGCAAGAUUAAGCAAUUUUAAAAGUAUCUGUCUGUGAUAAUAAUAGGAAUUUUUGGCGCUAAAUGCCGCGAUCCCCCCCUUAGCCUGGUUAGCAUUUUGUAGCUUAGCUGUUAUUAAGAAUUUAGAUGUAGCCUGAAAUGGCAACUGACGGGAACAAGAGUGGAAAAGUUUUACAAAUUAACGAUGCAAUUUAAUCUUACACUAUUUAUUUUUUGUAAGAAGCUGCUGUUCACCUGUUACGUGUUGAAAUCUGCACUCGUGAGAAGUAUCGUGUGGGAUAAUAUAUCGAGGGCCAUUGCUGCGGCCAUAUGGUCCUGAGACGCAGAUGUUUCAAAAUGAAAUAGCUGACCAUUCAUGAUUUAAAGGUGCAUUGUGUAACUUUUCUGGUGGAAGGUGCGUGAAAUGCUUUUCUCCAUGGAGGUGUUGUCCCGCUCUCGACGUAAACAUCGCUGGUUGAGCGGUCAGAUCCACUGGCCCACAGGUUGGCGGUGCGAUUCCAGCUAUAUAAAAGAAUGAGAACUUCGCACAUCAGUUACUAGAGACGGGUGCGACGGAGGAGACAGAGUAGCCCAAAGUCCUGCACACCGUCUUACUUGCAAAAUGUGAGAUUGUUUAGAUUUAUUCCCUGAGAUUAAGAGACUCUUAAUCAAUUUGCAAGUAAGACGGUGUGCGGGACUUUUCUCCAUGUUCUUGGUGCGAUUCCAGCUCCCACAGAUCAAUGCUGUGGUUGUGUUCUUGGGCAAAACAUUUAACCCCGCCUCCAGUGUCUGCACUGUAAAUUCCUCUGGUCUGGCCAAUAUUUUAAAAUUUACAUCAGAUUAUUUUUUUUCAAAUUUAUUACCGUAUUUUUAUGACUAUAAGUCACACCAGCCAAAAAAAUGUGUAAUGAAGAAGCAAAAAACAAAUAUUAGUCUCACCAGUCUAUAAGUAGCACUUUUAAGGGGAAAUUUAUUUAAUAAAAUCAGAGACCAGGAACCGACAUUUCAUCUCAAAAUGCAAGUUAUAGUAAAAACAAUAGAAGAGAGAACAACAGACUGUUAAUGUCACAUAUGAACAGUUCUUCAGAUAAACUAUAACAUAAACAACAGAACGGAACAAGUUUACCAAACUCUCCAUCUCACUCCAAAUCACAAAAUCCAUUCAAUUCUUCUGAGCAACACCACGCAACUUUGGUUGUCACUGAAGUCCAGGCUUUUCGAUCCAUCCAGUGACUUCCAGGAAAGUUGCAUGGUUUCUCAAGUUUCCUCAAGUUUCUCGCUCACUCCAAACUUUCUUUCUGCUGCUCGAUUGCCUUUUUCUGCUGCAUAUUUCAUUAAUUGCAGUAGGACAGCGGCUUUUUCUGCAGGAGACAUAUGCAGAAAACUGAUACACAAGGCUAGAGCGCCCUCUCGUGGCUGUGAGUCUAAAAUUUUAAGUCACAGGACCACCUAAACCAUGAAAAAAGUGUGACUUAUAGUCCCAAAAAUAUGGUAUCUACUUACUAGACUAGAGACUGCCUAAUUCUAGUCUAGAGGUAGUUUAUUUUAAGAUAACCUGUCAAGUAAAAUUAUCUUGUUGCAUUGACAGAUAAUUUCACUACUUUUAAGUCAUUUUCUGAUAGAUUUAAGUGUUUAUAUCUUAAAUUGUGGCCAGGCUUUUUUGCAGUGUGUGUACACUGGUGCGUGACUGGGUGAGUGGUUCCUUGAUGUAAAGCACCGUGAAGGUGGAAAAGCGCUGUAUAAAAAAUCUGACCAGUGUUAUUGCUUUGUCUGGAAUGUUUCACAAUAUGGUAUUAAACCUUUCUAUCUUCAUGAAACCCAAACCGGACCAAGUUACAGGUCAGAUCUGUGCUCUGAACCAGAAUGCUUGUUUUUCUAGGUAUUUUUGAGCUAUAAAACCACCUGUAGUUGAGUAAAUGUAAAGUACAGCUGUUUAAUGUCACACUAUGGAACAUUUCAGGUGGUGCAGUGACAAACAUAUCCAUAAAAACAAGCAGGUGACGGACCCCUAUAACCAAAAAGUUACACAGUGCAGCUUUAAAAUGACAUUAUAGCAGAUUAAAGUGAGGUAGGAGUUGACCGUUUUCGUUGUUUCUCAUUACACAUUUUCCGCAGCUUUCCGAGGACCGCAUGACGGCAGCAAUGGCAGCCUCUGUUUGAUCUCUGUGCAUUAUUUACUGCUAAAAAAUGACAUUGCAAGUCUAAAGCUUCAGCGUCACGUGACAAUGUUGAGUGUUUUGGGGUCUGGCUGUUUGUAUGGGAUUGCAUAGUGUUACUUCUUACGGUAUAUAUGCAGAAAACCUCUAACAAUGGGGUGAAAUAAGCUCAGUCUACUACUAACAACAAUAACGACGGCUGGUAGGACAUCCAUUACGCAUAGUUUUCGCUGGAAGCACAACUCGAAGCAGAGGUAAUAAUAAUAUCAGUAAGGUCAAAGGUUAUGUUUUUUAUGAAGCGGUACAAUUCCUUCCUUUUUUUUUCUCAUUUUUUUAAACAUUUUUUGUGUAUCUUUGCCCUCAAUGAGGACUGUACAGCUUUUCUGUGGUUUUGUUUUCACCUUGUGUGUAGAGUCGCGCAUCUACCGUAAUGUAUCUUAUUUUUGUAAGUGUUACAUAUGAGUAUUCACAUAUUAGAUGUAUAUAUAGACAGUGUAUUAUCCAGAUACAAUGUGAAAGGAGGGGUCUCUGUGCUGCACAUGGUCGUCUUUGGGUUGUUCUGUUUAUGUUUGAGUUUUGUUCAGUUCUUGCACUGGUUUUAUCAGACUGUAUGCUUGAUGUAAAGAUUCAAAUGUGAUAAGUCAAUGUAAUUUAUUCAAAUAAAUAUCAGGAAAUGGUUCUAAAUAUAGAAA